ACUUAUUUCUCAGAGUUAAAAUCCCCAUCCAGAGAAGAAAAAAAGACAAGCAGAAAAAUGGCAAAGUCUAUCAUCUCCCUUGCAUCUGCCCUUUGCUUCUUGUCCCUCCUUGGCUUUGCUCACUGCGAUAGCCUUUUCUCCGUUGAGGGCAAAGUUUACUGUGACACUUGCCGUAUCCAGUUUGUAACAAGGAUCAGCGAGUACAUGAAAGGUGCAACGGUGGGCAUAGAGUGCAGGGACCGUGAAGGCGGUAGCAUAACACACAGCGGUACGGCUGUGACUGACUCGUCGGGAAGCUACAAACUUGCAGUCGAAGAAGAGCACGAGGAAGACAUUUGCGCAGUAUCCCUGAUUAAGAGUGCCAACUCUGACUGCAGCGAGGUGAGCAAGGAUCCAUUUCUCAAGAAGAGUGCUAGGGUCAGCCUCACAAGCAACAAUGGCAUUUCAAGCCCAGUUCGCCUUGCCAAUCCUCUUGGUUUCAUGAGGAAGGAAGCUCUUCCCCAAUGUGCUGAUGUCCUUAAAGAGCUUGGUCUCACUGCUUCUGACAUCCUAUAAACAAAAAUUAAUUUGACAAUGGGGAUAUCCCUUUAAUUUGUUAUACCAAUUGAUUAAAUAAGCAGUGUUAUUUUUUAUUUUUUAUUUUUUGGUUUUUAAAAAGUACUGUGAGAAUCAUAUGUAUGUGGGGGGUUUUUAUAGUCUAACUCCCUACCUUUAAUUGUAUUGUGGGCUAACAGCCUAAUAUUCCUUUGAUUGUAGUUUGUGGGGUUUGAAUGAUUAAUCUAUAAUUGUUUGGUCUAUGCCAUCCAUGGCGUGUAUUGUGAGUAUACCAGCUUGAUAUCUGAAAGUAAUGUACAAGGGAUUUUAAUUU